UCCCCCGCACGCCGCGCAGGCGCGGAGCCUACUAGCCCGCUCCUCGUGCCCUCGAGACGCGCGGACGCCGCGAUGGCGGAUUCUGAGCUGCGGCUGGUGGCGCAGCGGAUCCGCAGCUUCCCCGACUUCCCCGUCCCCGGCGUGCUGUUCAGGGACAUCUCACCCAUCCUGAAGGACCCCGACUCCUUCCGCGCCUCUAUCAGCCUCCUGGCUAAUCACCUGAAAAAGGUCCACGGCGGCAGGAUCGACUACAUCGCGGGCCUAGACUCCCGUGGCUUCCUGUUUGGUCCCUCCCUGGCCCAGGAGCUGGGCUUGGGCUGCAUCCUCAUCCGGAAGCGAGGGAAGCUGCCAGGCCCCACUGUGUGUGCCUCGUACGCGCUGGAAUACGGGAAGGCCGAGCUGGAGAUCCAGAGGGACGCCCUGGAGCCGGGGCAGAAGGUGGUGGUCGUGGAUGAUCUGCUUGCCACUGGCGGAACCAUGCGUGCAGCCUGUGAGCUGCUGGGGCAGCUGCAGGCCCAGGUGCUGGAAUGCGUGAGCCUGGUGGAGCUGACCUCUCUGAAGGGCAGGGAGAAGUUGGGGGCUGUGCCCUUCUUCUCUCUCCUGCAGUACGAGUGACCCCGGCCCCACCCCCGCACCAACUGGAAGAGAAGAGGAUCAGCCUGAGCGGCUGCAGCGACCACCACUGGCCACCAGGGGGACCAGAAGUUCGGG